CUUGUUCGUAGCAUGAUAGGCGAACCUACAGGGACAUCUGUCAAGUUUUGUGAGCAAAUGGCUAUGGCCAUUAAACAAUAUUUCAAAACAGAGCAUCAAGUCACAUUACCUGAUCAUGCUAUCACUCUUGUGCCUUUGGAAGGCGAAGGAAAGGUGCAGGAUAGAGUCAGUAUGCUGUACCAAAGAUUAGUAGAUAAUUCUCGAUGGUUAGAUGCUGUCUCCUCCGCCGACGUUAUUUUCUGGGCAACGCAUUCCCAAGGGACUCCUGUUUCUGUCAUGUUGCUUAAAAAACUGUUAGAAAGAGGCCAUAUCCAUACAUUUAGACAGUCCAUUUGUCUCUUGGCUAUGGCUGGAAUUUCUCAAGGUCCCUUUCCUGCAUUGAAAGGCAGUCUGAUUGUCAAGGUACGCGCAUAAGAAAAAGAAAUAGCAUCAUUGAACAUUUAGUAAAUAUGCAUACAG